AUGAGCUACUACGGCAGCUACUACGGAGGCCGCGGCUACGGCUGGGGCGGCUUCGGCGGCCUGGGCUGUGGCUAUGGCUCCGGCUGGGGCUGGGGCGACCUUGGAGGCCUGGGCUGUGGCUAUGGCUACAGAGGCUAUGGCUGUGGCUGCUGGGGCCCGUCCUGCUGCGGGGGUUUUGCUCCACGUGAAGCUGGUUGCCGUGACCUCUGGAAGGAUCAGACCUUCCUCUCGGCCAUCGGGAAGCUCUCAGAGGCCGUCGCUGCAAUGGAGACACUGAAACACACUCCCCCUGACACCAUGAGCUACUACGGCAGCUACUACGAGGCCGCGGGCUACGGCUGGGGCGGCUUCGGCGGCCUGGGCUGUGGCUAUGGCUCCGGCUGGGGCUGGGGCGGCCUUGGGGGCCUGGGCUGUGGCUAUGGCUACAGAGGCUAUGGCUGUGGCUGCUGGCGCCCGUCCUGCUGCGGGGGAUACGGAUACUCUGGCUUCUACUGA